UUGAAGAAGUUUACCCGCGAGCAUUGUUUGUGUUAGAGCAAUGUCUCAAAAGCUAAGUUGUAAAGUCAUGGGAAUGUAAUCAGUCCCAAGGUUUAUCUCGUUCCAACAUAUAUCUUGGCAUUUGAUUGCGAAAUGCCCAAACAAAGUCCCGUUCCCUGUGUCAUUUCUUUCUUUCUUUCAAAUAAAGAGAUUCACGUUGCAAUCAGUGCACCUCUUCGUUCGGUAGUUAAGCAGGCAAUCAUCUUUUACUUUGUUUUUUCUCGUUGAUCUUAGCUGCCUUUACAGUCGUUCACGACAGAGAAAAGAUGUUUGAUCUUAUAGAAUCAGAUGCUACUCUCUUGUUGGAUGACUUUCCCAGACCUCAAACAAGGAUAACCGAGUCAUUGUCUUUGAUUGAACAUACUUUGGAAUGGUAUGAUCAUAUUUCUUGUGCAUUUUUACUGUAUGAAGACCCUCUCGAAGCUUUGGAAAAAAUUUCGACACUACGUGAAAGUUACAACACCAAAUCGGAAUGGCGUCACAUAAUUCUGACUCCACUUUUUCAUUGCAACAAGGAGGAUGGUCUAAACAGCAACAUGUCGGAAAAAUUGACCGAAGUCCUUCUCGUGGUAAAGCACUACGGAUUAUUAAACAUGCUAGAAAUAGCCGUCAAUUCCACUGUUCACAUCGAUCAACUACGUUUAAAGCUCUUCGAUUUCAUUGACGAAAUGAACGAAGAGCAAGCAACGAAAUGGGUUGAACAGAUGAUUUCUGAGAGAGGAUUUCCCAAAAAUGACCCGUCGUGGUGCCUUGAAAUGCAUUGCCUCAAAUGGAUUGCGGAAGGCAACAUUUCUAGACAUGACGAUCUUUCUAACAUUUUAACGAAACCUACAACAGAAAGCCGGCCAUUGGAGAAGCUCAAAGUAGACUUACCCCUACCACUUGUUACUGGCAUCGAGGCAAAAUCCCCAUUAAAGCCUGAAGUCUCGCCAGCAGGUCCCAGCAAAUUCGAAAUUUCACGUGGACUUUGCAUAAUCAUCAAUCAAAUGAGAUUCUAUGUCGAUCAAGACCUUCCUCAACCCAGAACAAGGGGGAACCUUACCUUCCGUUACGGAUCAGAUGCUGAUCGUGAUAAACUGUCGGAAACGUUCCGAAUACUUGGUCAUGACGUUGAAAUUUACGAAAAUCUAAGCAAGAACGCCUUACUAACGACAAUGGAAAACAUUUCGAAAUACGACUUUAAACAGUACGACAGUCUGGUCAUGUGUUUCUUGACGCACGGCGACAAGGGGAUCAUUUUCACUGCAGAUUCCAUACCAAUCUCGUUAGAUUUAAUCAAAUCUUACUUUGAUGGAGAUCGCUGUCCCCAUCUCUUAGAAAAACCGAAAUUAUUUUUCUUACAAGCCUGCCAAGGACAAGAAAAUCAAAGACGGAUCUGCUAUGACGACAUUCAACAUGACAGUGUUGUCCGACCGUCCGUUUCGAACUUUUUCGAAGCGUGGGCUACCGUGCCAGGUUUCUUGUCGUAUCGAUCUACUCACAAAGGUGCUGUCUUUGUCGGUGAAUUAUGCCACGUCCUUCAGACGCACGCACACAAAGAAAGCUAUGGAUUGUUGGACUUGAUGACUGAAGUGAAUGACCGCGUGAGUCGAUGGGAAACCCCGGGCUUUAGGGUACAAAUGCCUUGUAUCGUAUCCUGCCUUACACGCGGUAUACAUUUUAAGCGGAACGAAGAGAAGCUCGUCGAAGCUGUUGUGGACCAAUUGGAAAGGGAACUAAUGAAUUUAGCCAUUAUGUCAGCUACCCGUUACAUGUGGAAAACGGAUCCCGCUACCCUCCAGAAAACCAUGAAUACGUGGAGCUCCUAACUGUUAUUAUGGUCGAUUCGUGAUGUCGAAGUUCUCGAUAGUAACACAAGACGAUCCACCACAAAUAAGUUUCCAAUCCUAUAGUUUGGAAAAUGUACGCACAAGUAUUCCCGUUUAAAUCUGUUAUACACUUGUCUUCUAAAUUCUCAACUUACCAAUAAAGCACGACAUGAUGAAGACGGUAGAAA